GAUUGGAGUUUUCGGGUAUUUUAAGUAAAUUAAGAAGUGCACAUUUAAAAUUAUAUAGUGCGCAAAUGAAGAAAUCUACAGAUUUGCAUUUAACAUUAUAGAAUAUGCCAAAAGAUUCAUCCAAACCGCCAAACAUUCCAUAAAACUGUUGGAAUCUUUUCUUGGUGUAGCAUACGAUUGUAUAACAAAACUUUGCUUACCUUUGUGCUGUAGGAAGUGAAAGUUUUUUACUCCGGAAGGUGAAAAGUAGAGAAAAAUGCCGGAAAAGUGUCGCCUAUGCCUGUCUGGCUGUCCGCUUUCGCAGGUGGAGGACGAUGAAUUGCGUUGGGUGAUCGAUAAGAUUUUCUAUUUCAAGGUUUUUCGCAGCUCCGAAGAUGCAACUUUGAUUUGCGACACUUGCCGGGAAACUGUGUCUGGAUUCCACGAGUACGCAGAGAGUGUCUGGAGGAAUCAGCAGUUUCUGAGGACCUGCGUGGUGCCUUCCACUAGCGGCGUUGGAAAUAAAGCCAUCGUUACGAAAGUAGAGGAUGCAGCGCCACUAGGGGCCGUUUCAAAAAAGGAAAAGAUAGAAGAAGAUGAAGACGAAGAACAACGAAUGCCGGUUGAAUACCUGGAAACUAGCAUGGGUACUGGUGACGAUUCGAUAGAAGAUGAUGUGAAAGAAGAUCGGGAUUGGAUAGUUCCUGAUGAUGAUGACGAGGAUCACUUAGACGGUGUCGAUAGUGAUAAUGAUUCGGACAUGCUUAAACCAUUAGUAGCCAAAACAGAAACGGUUUCAUUCGAAAUCGAAGAGCUUUCGAAUGAUGUGGAAUACCUUGAAGAAGUGCGGUCUAGCAAAAAACAGAAACCAAAACCUAAAAAGCCUGUAUCCAGCAAGGCUCCCGUGGUUGAAAGUCCGAAAUCCGAGAUCGAACAGCAGCUACUGCAACAUUAUGAUUUAUCUUGCGAUUUAUGUGCGCAGCCGUUGGCCGGAUUCGGAGAACUGUUGAGGCAUUUUAAAAAUAUACACAACCAACCAGGAUAUUUAAGAUGCUGCAACAAAAAGAUUAUGAAAAAGUGCUGGAUGAUUGAACACAUUCAAGUUCAUUUAAAUCCCGAUGCGUUCCAUUGUGAUAUCUGCAAGAAGAGUUACAGUUCCGCUCGAGUACUCAAAGAGCAUCAUAAAGAGGUUCAUACUCCGAAUGAAGAACGUUCGAUCAAGUGCGAAACGUGUCACAAACCGUUUGCGACACAGCGAGCCCUUAGCGCCCAUUUGAUGGCAUCCCACGGGUCGGUUCCAUGUCCGGAGUGCCACAAGCUGUUGGCCUCGCAAGGCUCACUGAAGAAGCACAUGAUCAUGAUGCACGGCGAAGGGGAGCAACAUGUGUGUGACGUUUGCGCUCGGGUGUUCCGUACGAAGCAGUGCUUCGAUAAGCAUGUCAAAAUGCAUCUGGGCACGUUCGAAGCGGAACGAGUGCAGUGUCAGCUGUGUCUGGCCUGGCUCACCAACAAAUACUGUCUGAGACAGCAUAUGCGUCGCAUUCACACCUCAGCCGAGGAGGUGGUUUCGUGCGGAAUUUGCGGUCGGGUACAGCGGAACCAAGUCAUGCUGAGACAUCACAUGACGCGGGCGCACGGCGAGAGUCGUUUCGAGUGCGACGUUUGCUUUAAAAAGUUUAAACGACCACAUCAUAUGAGGGAACAUAAAGCGAUUCACCAUACUGGAGAAGAUCUGUACGGAUGCGAUUACUGCCCAGAGCGGUUCAAUAACAAGAACAAACAAUGUCUGCAUAGGAAGACUUGUCACCCGGUUGAGUUCGAAGAGGAGAUGCGUAGACGAGCUAUGAAAGAUGUUUAGAGAUAAGAAUUUAGAAUUUGCUAUCCCCAUUUAGAUUUUAAGCUAUUUAAUGUGUGAAGUUUAGCAUAAUGUAAUAAUUUUUACAUUGAACAUGAGCAUAAAGUAAUAAUUGAACAUUGAUGAAAA